AUGGCCUAUCUCUCCUCCGCCGUCUCACAAGGGUUGCUGCUACUAGCACGACAAGCGGACGGGGCCGCCCCGCCCCCCGAUCUCCCGCCGCCCUCGCUCGACUUCUCCAGCUACCCAACCACGGGCUUGCAGCAGUUUGGCUUCUUUAUUCUUUUCUUCUUCCCCGCCGUCUCGGUGCUGCUAGUGGGGCUCCGCCUCUACGACCGCGCCACGACCAGGCUUUUUGGAAUUGACGAUGCCUUUAUCGUUUUGGCGACCGUUCUGGCGGCCGUCGAGGCCUUCUUCUCGUUUGCCAUGAUGAAGAUCCAGUACCUGGGCGUCCACGUAUACCAGCUCCCGACGCAGCCUACCGAUCCCACGAUCAGUGGCAUCAUAAACUACAUUGUAGUGAUGCUCUACAACCCCGAGCUGGCCCUGGUCAAGUCGUCGGUCCUGUUCUUUUUGCUCAGGCUUGGCGGACACCAGCCGCUCCUCCGCCGGACGAUCCACGUCCUGAACUGGUCCAACAUCGGCCUCAUGAUCGCCGUCCUGUUUGCUUCCAUCUUCACUUGCGUGCCGGUCCACAAGUAUUGGAACCCAGCGGUGCCGGGCACCUGUAACAACAUGAUGCUGCAAUAUCUCAUCACGUCCGGGCUGACCGUCCUCACCGACAUUCUCGUGCUCGCGAUCCCUGUCAAGAUUGUGGUGGGGCUUCAGCUGCCGAGGAAGCUCAAGGCGAUUCUCAUUUGCCUCCUGUGCUCGGGUAUUGUUGUAACCAUCUUCAGCAUCCUCCGCAUGCACUCCCUCUACCAGCUGUACUACCCGCCCCCGGACCCUGGCCCGGACCCGACCUACAACAUUGCUUUUGUCUACUCCACCGUGGAAUGCAACCUGGCCAUUAUUACGGCGUCGAUCCCGCCCCUGCACGGGCUAAUGAGGAAGUGGUUCCCCCGCUUCUUUGAAAUGACCUCGUCCCAUAGCCACGCGUACCGGAACGGGUACAACAACGGUUACAACAACAAUACCGGAGGGACCGCGGGCCUGCAGACAAUCGGGGGAUCGGGCGUGGCUCUGAAAGAUCUCAGAAGUCCCACGCGGUCCCAGCGGGCUCGUCUCGGUAGUCUGUCUAAUAGCGAAGAGGAGAUAUUGGGUAUCAAAAAACAGUAG